ACACCAAUUCAAAUUAAAGCAUUAUUUCACUUUCAAAUAUGAAUUGCUUAGCCACUUUUCCAUUGCUCCUCUUCCUCAUCAGCCUCUUCACAUCUAGCUCCGCCGCCAGCUUUGAAGUUCAUAACAACUGCCCCUACACCGUAUGGGCAGCCGCAACCCCAGUUGGCGGCGGCCGACGGCUCGACCAAGGCCAAAGCUGGAGCAUCAACGCGCCAUCCGGCACGACCGCAGCGCGUAUAUGGGGCCGCACAAAUUGCACCUUUGAUGGUAGUGGAAGCGGUUCAUGCCAGACCGGUGACUGCGGUGGCGCGUUGCAGUGCACCGGGUGGGGCAAACCGCCAAACACCCUGGCCGAGUACGCGCUAAACCAAUUCAACAACAACGUGGACUUCUUCGACAUCUCUCUCGUCGAUGGGUUCAACAUCCCCAUGAGCUUUGGCCCCACCACACCUGGACCCCACAAAUGCCACCAAAUUUCAUGCACGGCUGAUAUCAACGGCCAAUGCCCCGCCGCUCUCAAGGUUCCCAGAGGGUGUAAUAGCCCUUGCACCGCCUUUGGAACACCGGGGUAUUGCUGCACCAAUGGGCCUUGUGCUCCUACAGAUUAUUCAAGAUUUUUCAAGAAUAGCUGCCCCGAUGCUUAUAGUUUUCCACAGGAUGAUGCCACCAGCACUUUCGCUUGUCCGGCUGGAAGCACUGAUUAUAGGGUUGUCUUCUGCCCAUGAUCGAAAUAAUCAAGUUGGGAUUUGUGGAAGUAUAAAUGCCUCGUUAUAAUUAUGUUAAGAUAAAUGCAUGCAUGCUUUGAAAUCUUUGUUAAAAAGGUUUAAUUACCUAAGCUUGAAGUAGAAUAAUAUACCCAUAAAUAAAGAUUAUGGCUCUGUUUGG